AGAGAGAGAGAGAGAGAGAGAGAGAGAGAGAGAGAAGGGAGAGCGAAAGAGUGAGACGUAUGCUGGAAGAUCAACAGUUUAUCGAAAACAACGCAGACGUGAAAGCUCAACGUGCGAGCUAGGAAGUGGCCGAGUGUUUCGCGUGACUUUUUUGUACUUCGGUUCGCGUAUAAUCGCGCGUUACGAUACUUCGUCCCGGCAGCCGCCAGCAUGUCCAAUAAAUUCGAGACCGCUUACAGAUUGAAACCCGCCGAGGACAGCGGAGACGAGGAGUCUCAGACGAAGGAUAAUCAAAAGGCGGAGAAGGGUCCAUUACCUCCGGUAGAGAUAAGUCCAAACGAGCACAAGCUACAGUACGCUUACGCGCUGUGGUACAGCCGGCGUAGCCCCGGCAAACAGACCAGCAUACAGAGCUACGAUCAGAACCUGAAGCUUGUCGGCAGGUUCGCGAGCGUGGAGCAGUUCUGGGGUCUUUACAGUCACUUGGUACGGCCGUCGGAUCUCACAACGCACACAGACUUCCAUCUCUUCAAAGUCGGCAUAAAACCCAUGUGGGAGGACGAGGCGAAUCAGAAAGGCGGCAAGUGGAUAGUGAGAUUACGGAAGGGUUUAGUUUCCAGGUGCUGGGAAAAUCUUAUACUGGCAAUUUUAGGGGAGCAAUUUAUGGUAGGGGAGGAAAUAUGCGGUGCCGUCGUGUCUAUAAGAUUUCAGGAGGAUAUAAUAUGCGUGUGGAAUAAGACGGCGUCGGAUGUGACGAUAACGGCGCGGAUUAGGGAUACUUUAAGAAGAGUACUGCAUCUUCCAUCCACUGCCUCUAUGGAGUAUAAAACCCACAACGAGAGUUUGAAGAACGUGCACAGACUCUAAAAUUGUACAACUCGGAGAACAGGACGUAUUACAUUUUUUCCUGACAGACUUACAGCUGAUUCUUCUCAGAGGAUCACGCAUCCGACAGCACGUAUAAUGAGACGCAGCGUGCUAAGAAACAUCCUUUUGACGAUACACUUCAUUCACAAGUGUCUGUGUUGUAACUUAUGUAAAUAAUGAAUAUACAUUGAUCAUAAAUAAAUAAAUGUCCUUAUUUCCAAAUCGUUUAACACAAAGGAAAUUUGUGGCUACUUACUCA